UGCAGUAUACUAAGCAUCCUGCAGGCGGCGCUGCCACUCCCACACUGACUCCUGUCACGAACCAGUCAGAGGGCAGGAGUCCGUUCUCUUAGCUAAUACAUCCAUGCAGGAGUCACUAGUAUUUGGUCGGACAAGGAAUGUAAAUGUCUGAGGACAAGGAAGCCCAGGAGGAUGAGCUGCUUGCUUUAGCAAGUAUCUAUGAUGAGGAGGAGUUCCACCAGGCGGAGUCGGCACAGGGGGGAGAGAUCCAACUCUGUCUGGAGCUCCCUCCUGAUUUUAAAGUUGUUGUCAAAGGAGAGAAUCAAACUGGAUAUAAUGUUUGCUUCUUACCUCCCUUGGUGCUCAACUUUGAGCUUCCUGCAGACUAUCCAUCCACAUCCUCACCAGUUUUCAUUCUCAGCUCUAAAUGGAUGACCAUUGCACAGAUGAGCUCUCUGUGCAAACGCCUGGAUGAGCUAUGGGAGGAGAACCAGGGCUGUGUGAUUCUUUUCACAUGGAUCCAGUUCCUCAAAGAGGAGGCUCUGGACUUUCUGGGCAUCCAGUCUCCUCUUGAAGUCAUAAGGGGAGGAAGUAAGGCAGUUGGUGAGCGCAGGAAAACCGACCCAGCAGCCACAGCUCUGACACAGUGUGGGAGUCAUUCUGAAAAUGAUGAAGAAAAGAAACCGCAGCCACAGUUGUCAUUGCCUUCUCAACUGGACCAGCGGGCCGUUUUGGUGAUGGACCCGCGUGCCGACCUCCUACCUCAGCUCCUGGACUUUGACGAGGAGCAGCGCCAGAGGGUGUUUGACAGCAAGGUGUUCGGCUGUGGGAUCUGCUUUGUGGAGAAGCUGGGCUCCAACUGCCUCUGCUUUAAGGAGUGCCAGCAUGUCUACUGCAAGGCCUGCAUGACUGAAUACUUCCAGAUCCAAAUACGGGACGGCAACGUUCAGUGCCUUAAUUGCCCUGAGCCCAAAUGUACCUCCUUAGCCACACCAUCGCAGGUGAAGCAGCUGGUGGAUGAGGAGCUGUUUGCCCGUUAUGACCGGUUGCUGCUCCAGUCCAGUCUGGACCUCAUGGCCGACGUGGUCUACUGUCCCCGCCAGUCCUGCGGCACCGCUGUUAUGGUGGAGCCAGAGACUACCAUGGGCAUUUGCUCGGCCUGCCAGUAUGCCUUUUGCACACUGUGCAAGCUUGGCUAUCAUGGUCUCUCCCACUGUAAAAUCCCCGCAGAUGAAUUGCGCAACCUCAGAGAUGAGUACCUGUCAGCCUCAACUGCGGGGAAAAAGUUCAUGGAGCAACGCUUUGGGAAGAGGGUUAUCCAGAAAGCAGUGGAAGAGUCCUUUAGCAGAGACUGGCUUAAUGAGAACUGCAAAUGCUGCCCACGCUGUGGAACCAAUAUACAGAAAGUGGAUGGCUGUAAUAAGAUGACCUGUACCUCGUGUAGACAAUACUUCUGUUGGCUGUGCCUGGGUCUCCUCAGCAAAGUCAACCCGUACAGUCACUUCAACAACCCACAUUCGCCAUGUUACAACCAACUCUUCCAAGGUGUGGAUCUUGAUGAAGAAGAUGCCUUCUGGAGUGAUGAGGAGGACUGACAACCUGUGCAGUACCUCAUUGCUGUAUGCUCCAUUUGAAAGCACUUUAUCUCGCAUAACCAUCACUUCACCUGUGGCACUUACUAUGCCUGCAUUAGCACAACAGUGCCACUAAAACCAUGUACUAUUGUUUGUGUAUUGAAUAUGAUCAGGCAUUUUGGGUAUAAAACAUUCAAUGUC